AUGUUGAUGUUAUUGAAAUAUCUUACGUACUGCUUAGUUUUCGCAACCGCAACUGUAUGGGGUCACUUAAUACCAGGUAUAGAAUCAAUAAGUAAGCAAUUGAACCGGAGAGAUGGGAAUUUGAUUGACUCAGUAUAUCAGAGUUUACCAAUUGAGGAUUUGAAUUUUAUUGAUUCCCAUUUGAAGAAUUUAACAAUCGAGGGAUCGUCUUGUGAUAAGUGUAAGAAUAAAAUACGUUACAGUCAGUCGUUGGUCCAGGAGCAACCAGAGAAACAGCAUUUGAUUAGUUUAUUGUUAUUCAAGUAUUGUAUUAUCCUGAAUAAGAAUAAAGAAAGCAAAUGUGAUAAUGUGGAUUUUUUCAUCACAACUUCGGAUGAGACCUCAAAGGUAGCUGUUGAUAAGUAUGAUUCUGGUUUGCAUGAUAGCAAGAGUAUAGAUUUUUUCGACAAUGAUUUUAUUCACAUGCUAAAGCUAUUUAAUGUUUCUAGUGAUUUGGAUUUAGAAUAUUACUGUUACUACAAAAAUGAUGAGGCUUGCGAUUUACCAGAAACUCCAGACAUUGACUCGUUAUAUAAUUUUGAAGCAAAAUGGCCAGCAAAACAGCCACAACACUUUUCACAACCUCAAUAUUCCAACGAUAGUCCAGAGAAAUUUAAUGUAUUACAUUUUACUGAUUUCCAUUUUCAAUCGAGAUACCAAGUUGGAAGUGAAAGUAACUGUACCACUGCAUUAUGUUGUUUACCAGAGGCUUACAAUGACGAACUAAGCAGUAAAGACUAUAAUUUUACGGAUGCUUAUUCCAAACUCGAUCCAUCUAUGCAAAGCAGAAAGGACAUCGAAUACUCCUUUUAUCCAGAGGCCCGAUAUGAAGAUGACGAAUAUGUUAAGGGACAUUAUUAUGAUUUCCCAAAGACUAGAGGUUAUAAUUUCAACUUGUUACCUGCCACAUCUUUCGGAGGAUAUCUUUGUGAUUCACCUGAAGUUUUAAUUAAUAGCAGUUUGAAGCAAAUUAGUGAAGCUCAUAAAGAACAUAAAUUUGAGUUUGCUUUGUUUACUGGUGACUUGGUAGACCACGAUGUUAUUCAUUGUGACCCCGAAACCACUAAAUACGAAGAAAUUCAAACAUUUAGUUUGAUGAAACAUUAUUUGGAAAAUAUCCCAAUUUUUCCAAGCUUGGGAAACCAUGAUACUUUCCCAUAUGGUCAAUUGUCCCCAAUUGAUUAUGAUUUUAAUAACCUGUAUCAGUGGAAUGUUGAUUUAAUGGCCGAUUUGUGGAUUUCAAAUGGAUGGCUAGCUGCAAAUAAAUCCCAGCAACUCAAGAGUCACUAUACUGGGUUCUCCACGGUGACUAAUCGUGGUUUAAAAGUAAUCUCAUUAAAUUCGAAUUGUUAUUACCAAAAAAAUUUAUGGUCGUAUGUCAAUUUGCUGCAAAACCCUGAUAUUUUUGGCCAAUGGCAAUUUCUUAUAGAUGAAUUAGUUGAAAGUGAAGCUAAUAACCAGCGUGUUUGGAUACUAGCUCACAUACCAUCGGGCGAUGCAGAUACAUUACCUAUACAGUCUAAAAUUUUUGCUAAGAUUGUUGAGAGAUUUUCUCCUUAUACCAUCGCAAACAUAUUCUAUGGCCACACUCAUAGAGAUCAGUUCCAUAUUUUAUAUUCUUCCAAUUCUUCUAAUACAACGGAAAUUGAAGAUGUCAUUAAUAUGUCUUGGGUAUCCCAAUCUGUUACGCCUUUAACCGACAAUAACCCAUCUUGGAGGUAUUAUGAAGUUGAAGAUGAAUCUUUUAAUAUUUUGAAUUCUUAUAAUUACUACACACAACUUAAUGAUACAUUCAUUAAUGGUGGCAAUGAACCGGAUUGGAAAUUCGAAUAUUCAGCAAGAGAAGUUUAUGAUCCUAAUGGAGAAUGGCCAACCAAUUCACCAUUGAAUGCUACUUUCUGGCAUAAAUUUGUUCUCACUAACUUGAAAAAUCAAUCCAACAUCGAAUUCAAUCAAUUGUAUUCAGACUUGCAGUACAGAAUGUCUCCUAAAGUACCAAAUUGUGCAAACGGUUCGAUGGUAUCCCAAACUUGCUACGAGGAGAAUUGGUGUAUCGUGAGCUCCUUUACUUCCGAAGACUAUCUCAAGUGUAUUAAAUCUUAG